CCUGUCUGUAACAAACAUUUAGUUUUAUAAAAAAUAUUUACCAAAUUAGCUUCAGUUUUUUGUUUUGUUACUGUAGAAAAAAAACCUAGCAUGCGUUGGUAUCGGGAUCUUUAUUUCUGGAGACAGAGUGUAAUACUAUUUGCAGACGCAUCAUACUCGGUUGGCACUGGCUUCAUGUUGUCUUUUCCGUCACUGCUAAACGCUGCCAUUUUGUCUCCAAAUAGUAAUGACAUCACAGUUACCAAGUCCCAAGCUUCAUCAAUUGCUGGGAGUCAAGGUCUGGGAGGAACCAUUGGAUUUUGUUUUCUUCCGUUCUUUAUGCAAACAUUUGGUAGAAAAACCGUACACAUAGCAAUAAACCUGCUUGUCGGAAUAGGAUUUCUAAUUUUUGUCUUAGCGAGUAAUAUUGAAUCUUUAUAUGCGGCAAGACUGAUACAAGGUUUAUCGAUUUGCGGAGUCUAUGUUACUACUAUUAUGAUAGCCGAAUAUUCUGAUGCGAGACGGCGUGGCUACUUCAUAACGCUGAAAAAAGGCGCGGUUGCUGUAGGAUCUUUAAUUUGUCAUUCAAUUGGGGUCUUUUUAGAAUGGAGGCAAGUCGCAGCACUGGCAAUUAUUCCCAAUAUAGUUGCAAUUAUCAUGACUUUUUUCUGGCCGGAAAGUCCAUACUUUUUGGCGUUCAAAGAAAGAUUUGAUGAAUGCGAGAAAUCUUAUAAGUGGUUGCAUGGUGAUAGUCCAAAGAAUGAUAAGGAUUUAGAAGACAUAAUUUUGGCUCAAGAAAACCGGAUACUACGGGAAAGAAAUAAAAAAUCAUUCAAGAAAACAAUCCUGAAAAUGUUCCGAAAAGAUUUUCAAAUACCUUUUUGGGUCGUUUGUUUGCUAACUUUGAUUAUUGACUGUUGUGGGAGAUACUACACAUUAGCAUAUCUUAUACAAAUGUUAAUUGAAAUUACUGGUGACAAAUCUAUUGCAAUAAUUUUUACGAUAGGGUCUGACUUUCUCACUGUUGUAGCUAUAGCAUUUUCCUGCUUCUAUAUCAAAGCUUUUAAACGACGACAAAAUUUAUUUUUUUUUGGAUUUUCGUCAGUGACAUUAAUGUAUUUAAUAAGCCUUAUAACAUAUAUAAGAAUUAAUUUCAAUAUUGCGAUUAGUGUAUGGUUAGCGCCAGCUAUAAUUUUAUUUAACGUUUUUAUUGUCAACGCUGGCGUAAUACCGAUUUGUUUUGCUAUUAUCGGUGAGAUAUUUCCAGUGGAACAUAAGGGAUCUGGUUUAUUAACAACAGGGAUAGUAUUCACUCUGCUGUAUGCUGGUGUUUUAAAAUUCACUCCCAUAAUGAUGGAAAAUACUGGAGUGCAGGGUACUUAUGCAAUUUACGGUUCUUUGAAUCUUAUUAGCUUGGUGAUUUUAUAUUUCAUUUUAAUAGAAACAAAAGAUAAAACGCUCCAAGAAAUUGAGAAUGAUGUCAAGGGUAUAAAAAAACGAGAUAAAUAUAAAUGCACAAUAAAUGAACAACCUUUAAUGCGAUAAGAAUAAAAGGACAAUUUACGACAUUAUCAGGAAUUUCCUUAAAUUAAGGAAAUAACAACUGUUUCUUAAACUAUAAUUAUAAUAUUUUAAUUACAUAAAUCGUUUAAAAAAACCUAAUGAAAUGUUAAA